AUGGAUUUACAAAGUCAAGCACAAGAUCUUUUGGAUUUGUCAAGCCACAAACAGUCAGACUCUCUCAUAAGAAAGCGAACUUCAGUGAAGAAUAAUAGCAAUGAGGCGGACGUAGACGAAAAUCUGGCUUAUGAUAUUGCUUUGGCUUCGAGGUCUUUGCACGGUACAUGCAUGAUCUUGGUUAUCGUGUUUUUUGGUUCCUAUGUAUAUUACGUUCAACCUGUGAAGAACGUAAAAAGGAUCUUAUUGGAAAUACGGCGCGAAAUUCGUUCUGCUAUGAAUGAAAUAUCAGAGAUCAAGGAACAAUUAAAUAAUCAAAAACAAGAUAAUAUUUCUAGCAAUUGGUAUGAUUAUAUUCAGGAUACAAUGGAACACCUACAUGUGUUAUUGAAAAGAGGAAUUGAACUUGCAUCGGUUGAAAUUCCAAAUCCUGAAGAGUAUAGGAAAACUAUAUACUAUGACAAUUAUGAUCAUUAUGAAUAUGAAACUGAAGAAUCUUUAUCUCCUAAUGAUCUUAUUUACUGUGACGACCACGUUUAUCAGGAUGACUCUUCUACCUCAGAUACGUCAACACGUAGUAGACCUGCUAGUAUUAUGUCACCACCAUCUCCUCCCGAUUUUGUUCAAGAACAUUGUCUGAAAUCAAAUUUGGUUCGACGUCAUACACUGGAUAACGAAACUAUCUCUGCUGCUCGAUUGUUCAUAGGUAAUCUUGGAUUGCAACAAGCACCAUCCAAGGCUUCUACUACCACAUUUAUUUCGCAAGAACAAACUGAGGCAGAUACUUCUGUUAAUACUAAUACUGGUCAUUCGUCGUUAAAACUUGAUCAUGAUACACGUACUUCACUUGCCGCACGUCAGCUUUCACAAUUAAUAAUUCAUGAAUCUGAUGAAAUAACUGAUGAAUUUGUUGAUGCUGUAGAGAGACAAGAAGAAAAUCACUCCAAUAAUGAUCAUAGUGAACCAUCCCUCAUCAAAGAACUUACUUCUCACUCGAAACGAUCAAAUUCUUCACCUUCGUUACCAACUUUUUUAGAAUCUGUUCCAGAAGAACCAAUUAUACGUUGGGGUGAUAAAGAAUACUCUAGUAAUUCUUCAUCGCUUGCUCUUUCGGCACUGUCUUCACAAAAUGCACCAGCAUCUCAAAUCAGUCUUCUUCGGCAUAAACAUUCAAAUUUAUUUGCUCAACAAGUUAAUGUUAGUAAUCCAAUACGCAUUGGGACAGGCUAUGGAUCGUACAUUGCUUAUACAUGUACUAUCAAAAGCCAAGAGUUGCGAUCGCAACUGAUAAAAGCUUAUCCAAAAUUCUAUAAAUUGAUUCCUUCUUUACCACCAAAACGAGUAAUGGGAAAAUUUUUGCCCGAAUUUAUCGAGAAACGUCGCAAAGAUUUGGAAUAUUUUUUAGCCUAUGUAUUGUUGCAUCCAAUACUUGGGCCAACGGCUGUUGUGAGAAGAUGGUUUUCAAAUUCAUAG